AUGGGAACGAGACAGGAUAUUGGAGAUUUCCAUUUUCUUUGGCUAACAGCAUUGUUCCAUGCGGCCGAUCUUUCAUUUCCCACUGGAUUUGUGACGUUCUUUCGAAAUGUGGUUGAAGCGACGAGAGCUGAGGUCUCAUCAGCGCUGCUUAUUCAACUCAUCGACACUCGUCCGUUUCAAAAUUGGCCGGGCGAUGCAAUGCUAGUGCUAACCCUGCUCAUUCUUUUUUGCAAUUCCGUAUCUGCUUGCUAUCGCUAUCCUAAGGGACAAAAAAGUCCAUGUGAAGAUCUGCGAUGUGGACCUGGAGAAGAUUGUGUGGUAUCACAGAAGGAUGGCGUACUUUCGGCGCAAUGUAUAUGUCCAUCUUCUUGCCCUUCCUAUGGCGAUUCG